AUGGCAUCCAUCCCCGCCCUCGCUGGCGCAGCCAUUUUGGCCCUCGCCUCCUACUUUGCCUACUGCGCUCGAUGGGCUGGCCGCAGAGCACGUCUCCCCCCCGGGCCCACUCCCGUCCCUGUCUUGGGAAAUGCACACCAACUACUUGAAUAUCAUCAGCACACUUUUGCCGCAUGGGGCAGGCAGUUUGGUCCCAUCGUCUACGCGAGAUUUUUCAACGUCGACGCGAUCAUCCUCAACUCGCUGGAGGUCGCAGAAGACUUACUGGACAAGAGGGGUGCCAUCUAUUCAGACAGACCGAACAUGGUCAUGCUUGACGACAAUCGGCUUCAAGCCGAACCUGGUCCUCCUCCCGCACAACGACCAGUGGCGGCGGCAGCGUCGCUGGGUCCACAAUUCGGUCGGCACAACGCAGGCGCUCGAGAGCCAUCGUCCUAUCCAGCAAGUCGAGUCGCUGAGGCUGCUGACCGACCUGAUUCGGGCACCCGGGGACUUCAUCUCACACGUCAAGAGGUCGGUAAGACGGCCGAACGCUCGUGGGACGAUGCUCAUCCCAAAGACGUUCGCAGGUAUCCGAGCGCACUGAUGAUGCAGAUCGCCUAUGGGUAUCCGGUCCAAUCCGCAGACGACGAGCUCGUGGUGCUUGCGGACAGAGCGCUGGACGAGACGUUCACGCUGGGCAACUUCGCCUCCACAGCGGUGGACCUGGUCCCCAUCCUGCGCCACAUGCCGGAAUGGAUGCCCGGCGCAGGCUUCAAACGACGCGCGCUGAAGACCCGGAAACUGGUGCAAGCCAUGAUGAGCACCCCCUAUGAGAUCGUGAGGCGCGAAAUGGUGGCUAUGGCGUCCCAUGUUAAUGCUCGGAAGUCUCAUGUGCCGCCUUUGCAGGCAUUGGGCGUCGCCAAGCCCUCGUUCCUCAGAUCCCUGCUCGAGGACAAGGAAAAAACCGGACAGCUGACCCCGGAGGAGGAAAACGAACUGAAAUGCGUAUCAAAUAUCUUUUACAUCGCCGGUUCGGAGACCGUUGCGACCGCCCUCGUGUCGUUCGUCCUGGCCAUGGUGCUCCAUCCUGCGGUCUUGCAAAAGGCACGAGCUGAAAUGGACGGCGUGGUGGGAUGCGCGCGUCUUCCUGAUUUGGAGGACCGAGAUGCACUGCCAUACCUUGAGUGCGUGCUGAAAGAAACAUACCGGUGGAAUCCGUCCUCCCCACUUGGCGUUGCGCAUCGUGUCAAGGAGGACGACGAGUAUGACGGCUAUAGCAUCCCGGGAGGGUCGAUGGUCAUCGCCAAUAUUUGGGGUAUGAUGAGAGAUCCUAACAUAUACCCCGAACCAGAGCGCUUCAAACCAGAGCGUUUCGAGAAGAGGGAUGCGACAGAUGCAAGGACGAUGGACCCGCGCAGGGCAGUAUUUGGAUUUGGUCGACGAGCAUGCCCUGGACUCGAUCUCGGGGAUAUCAGCCUCUGGCUUGCUAUCGCGAGGAUCGUGGCAACCCUCGACAUCCGCAAGGCCCGUGAUUCAGCUGGGGCAGAAAUCACGCCCGCACCUGCUUUCAGUCCUGGUAUGGCCAGUCGACCUAUGCCGUUUCUUUGCGAUAUACGCCCUCGUUCUAAGCAGGCAACCCAGCUAGUCGAGGAAUUGCUUGAGAGUGUAGCAGCUUGA